GUAUUACGGUUUUCAGCUUCAACCAUCAUGGCGGCGCCCGGGAAGAUCAUUGGGCGUUUUGUAAUUUUUCUUAAAAAAGGCUCUUUGUUUGUCUUUUUCUUAAUUUAAAAUUGGAUAGUUAUUAUUGACAUAUUUCUUUUAAUAAUCAAGAAACUGUAUGGAUCACACAUGAAGCUCCAACCUGUGCGGAUGAUCCAUUCUCUGGUUUCCAGGUGCAUCAGUCACCUGUCCAGACAGUGUUAUGAUGUCAUUGUGGUGGGUGGAGGUCAUGCAGGGACCGAGGCGGCGGCUGCUGCUGCGAGAAUGGGAGCUGAGACGCUUCUGGUCACACAGAAAACACACACAAUUGGUGCGCUGUCCUGUAACCCCUCGCUGGGAGGAGUGGGGAAGGGUCACCUUGUCAGGGAGGUAGAUGCUCUGGAUGGGUUGUGUGGACGAGCUGGAGACUGGGCUGGGAUUAAUUUCUCCAUCUUGAAUCGGAGAAAGGGGCCCGCAGUGUGGGGGCCGAGGGCUCAGCUGGACCGCCAGCGUUACAGGGAAUUCAUUCAGGGUGAACUGCAGUCCAUCAGUAGAUUGACAGUCCUGGAGGGCUCUGUGGAGGACCUACUGGUGGCAGAACCAAAUCCAGAUGAGCCUGGCAGCCACAGAGUAACUGGGAUAAGUUUGGAAAAUGUCCUCAACCCAAUCACCGCCAGCUCAGUGAUUCUCACCACUGGUACUUUCUUGUCUGGAUCCCUUUUCGUGGGCCAAACCACGUCUCCUGGGGGUCGGAUCGGAGACGCCCCAUCGAGUGCUGGGCUGUCCCACACCUUGAAGGAGAGACUGGGGCUCAGAGUGGGCAGGCUUAGAACUGGUACCCCACCUCGGAUCGUGAAAGAGUCUGUCGACUUUGCACUGGCGGAGCUUCACCCACCUGACAGACAUCCGACGCCGUUCAGUUUUAUGAACACACACACUCGCUGUAAGGCUGAGGAGCAGGUGCCGUGCUACCUGACCUACACCACUCCUGGUGUGGAGAGGGUGGUGCAAGAGAGUCUUCAUCUCAACUGCCACAUACAGCAAGACACCAAAGGUCCCAGAUACUGCCCUUCCAUUGAAUCCAGAGUGCUGCGCUUUCCAGGCCGGAGUCACCAGGUCUGGCUGGAGCCUGAGGGAGUGACCUCCGACCUUCUGUACCCACAGGGUCUGUCCAUGACUAUGCCCCCGGAGAUGCAGCUCCGCCUCAUCAGGGAAAUCCCCGCCUUGCACAGAGCUGAGAUUCACUCUCCGGGUUACGGUGUGCAGUACGACUAUGUCUGCCCGACUCAGCUGAGUUCUGCACUGCAAGUGAAAACCACUCAAGGUCUCUUUUUAGCCGGUCAGAUAAACGGAACGACGGGUUACGAGGAGGCCGCUGCACAGGGCUUGUGGGCUGGGGUGAACGCCGCCUGCCGGGCGCUCUCUACGCCUCCGGUGUCGCUGUCCCGAACAGAAAGCUACAUCGGAGUUCUCAUAGACGAUCUGGUCAGCAGAGGCGUUACAGAGCCGUACCGCAUGUUCACCAGCAGGGCGGAGUUUCGGACCUCUCUAAGACCGGACAAUGCUGACCUUCGUCUAACGCCAAAAGGUUAUGAACUGGGAUGCGUGUCCCCUUCACGCUACCGAGAAGCCAUGCGAGUGCAGCGCAGCCUGCAGGACGCCAUGGCGGCCCUGCAGGCCCUCACUCUGUCCACCGCCAGCUGCAGGGAAAAGCUCCCCGAUGUCCGUGUGAGUGAGUCCAAGAACGCAGCGCUGACUGGGAUGGAGCUGCUGCAGUAUAAGGAAUUAUCGUUUGAAACGUUGGCAUCCGUCUUCCCGGAGCGUCUUUCGUCCUACUUGGAAUUCUCACAAAGACUCAAGAUAGAAGCUGUGUACAAGCCUCAUUGUGACAUAAACAAGAAAGAAAUUGAGAGGAUCCAGAAGGAGGAGAAGAUGUUUCUGCCUCAGGACAUCGACUAUUUCUCUCUGCCGGCGUCUUUGUCUCAGGAAGCCAGAGAGAUCCUGGACAGAGUUCGACCGACCACCCUGGGUGCUGCUACUCGUCUGGAGGGGAUCACUCCUGCUGCAGUCGUCAGUCUUUACAACUAUGUACAGUUUGCAGAGAAAAAAGGAGGAACUGGUCAACAGAAAACAACCAGAUCUAAAUGAAAAUAAAAGAAAGCUUUGUGCAGGAGAGCCGGUUUCCCCUCAGAGAGUCAAAGACUUUGUGAUCAUGUGUACUUUUCUGUAAAAUGAUCUAAACAAUAAAGGACAGUUAAAAAAUA